GCGCGGCUUUGUUUUGGAACUUGCGGGGCUUCCGGUGUUCUGGUCACGUGUCCAGUGACGUGUCCAGUGACGUGUGCAGGAGCAUGUGACCCGGAAGAGCCUGACCAAUACAAGUGUCAACAUGCUAACUGGAGACACCAAUGACGAAGAUGUUUCUCUGUUUGACGCCGAAGAGGAUGCUGGGAAAAGGUCGAAUACAAGUGUUAAGCAUCCGGUGGCGUCCUUCUUCCAUCUCUUCUUCAGAGUCUGCGCCACCCUCGUCUAUCUACUCUGUGAGAUUUUUAGUAGCAGUUUCAUCGCCUGCAUGGUCACAAUAAUCCUCCUGCUUUCAUGUGACUUCUGGACAGUAAAGAACAUCACUGGAAGGUUGCUGGUUGGUCUGCGCUGGUGGAACCAGGUCGAUGAUGAUGGACGAAGCCACUGGGUGUUUGAGUCGAGGAAGGGCACUGGGAAGCAGGAAGCUUCAGAUUCUAGAAUCUUCUGGCUGGGACUGAUUAUUUGCCCCGUCAUCUGGGUCAUCUUUUCCUUCAGCACACUGUUUUCAUUCAGGAUCAAAUGGAUGCCCAUAGUCAUCAUGGGUGUGGUGUUGCAAGGGGCCAACCUGUAUGGAUACGUGCGAUGUAAAGUAGGAGGAAAGACGAGCUUAAAGAAAAUGGCUACCAAUUAUUUUGGGCAACAGUUCCUCAAGCAGACGCUGUCUAAAGAAGAGGAAUCGUAGAGAGAAGCUCUGCAGUUUUAACCUUUGCAUUAUUUUUAAUGCUACCAUAUGUAUUCUUAUACCAAGUUGGCAAUAUUUUCCACAUAAACUAAAAGUAACAUCAUUUUCCUUUUCUUUUUUUUUAAUGUCAUGUGUGACUCAGUAGAGCUGUCAGAGUUUCAGUAACUGAAGCCCAGAAAUAGUUUGUGUCAGUCUAAAGAUGUCUUAGGUUGGGUUUUAAUUUCAAGUUAAUCAAACCUUCAAAGUUUUUGAGAGGUGUUGGUGUACACUUUGUGUGCACCAACUGUGUAGUGUUCUGAGAAAUAUGUAAAUAUGUAAGUAAAGAAACUAUGUCAGAA